AUGCAACCAGUCGUGUUUGGCGCGAGCCUCCUGGGGCUUUGUAGCUUGGUUCUAUCGAGGGACAUAUUCAAUAAACCUCCAUCUGGUGGCAUUUCGGGCGAUUACCGCGAUAAUCCCACCUACCAGGAGGGUCAGCCAGUUGAAUUCUUGUGGGAGUCGGAUCUUACAUAUGUCGACAUUGGGAUCUUUCAGAAAUACCCCGUUCCGUCAGAUAAUACUGCCUACUACAGCGCCUAUGUGGUCCGAAACACUUCCAGUACGAGCUACCGGUGGACUGUCGCUCAGACUUUGAGAGGUGCGUCGCCUCCUGAGGGCGAGAACUCCGUUUUCUGGCUCGUAAUGUAUAACGCCUCGGAGCGAAACCAAAUGAUUACGGAUUCUCACUAUUUCAAUGUGUCUCGAGUUCCAACAGCAAUAACAACGACAUCUGGGUCAAGUUCGUCGACAAGUGCUGCUCCCACGGCUGCAACCACUACUGCAGAUUCGCAAGUAUCCGGUUCUGGGCUUUCGGCUGGAGCCAUCGCCGGGAUAGCGGUCGGAGCAACACUUGCUGGAGUCCUUCUGACUGCUGCAAUUGCUUUCUUUUUCUGGAGGCACCUACAAACGACCAACAGGAGCACCAACGCUCAUCCGUCUGCGUCUGGUGCAGGUGACAAGCCCAUCAUAGACGGCCAACAUCAACGGAUGUCGGUGCCACCGAACUAUAACCAGGUUAAUCAGCAUCCUCACAUGACGGGCAAUGAGUUAACCGAAGACCAUGUGCACGAGGCCCCUUAA